UCAUCUUCCACCUUUUCCUCUCCUCCUUGUCUCAUCACGCGAAGCCUCAGUUCUUGUGAUAGUAUAGGUGCAAUAAUUCGAUCUGCGACUGCCAAGUCUCUCUCUCUCUCUCCAGGAUGGAGAAACCCCCCUACUGGACCGAAUCUUUGUUAUACCUACCAUCAUCGACCACCACCACGACCGUAUCAUCAGCUACUCCGCCGCUGAGCGCCGCCUUAUAUGACCGGAAUUAUUACCCCACCACUGCUAACUCACCAUACCUCAAACCUCCACCCCUUAAACUCGAAGCCAGUUCUUCUCUACCGCCAUCUCAAGCAAGAGAAGUGGAGGGAGGAGGAGGAGGAGAGAGAUCUGCAAGCGAUAUAGAAGGCAUCAAGGCCAAGAUCAUGUCCCACCCUCGGUAUUCCAACCUUCUCGGAGCCCAUCUUGAGUGCCGAAAGGUGGGGGCGCCGCCGGAGGUGGUGGCACGGCUCUCGGCCUUAGCCCGGGAGCUGGACUCGCGCUUGAGCUACCGUCAUAAGCAGCCCUCCGACGACCCUGAGCUUGACCAGUUCAUGGAAGCAUACUGUGAGAUGUUGAUAAGAUACCGAGAGGAGCUAACGAGGCCAUUGCAGGAAGCCACGGAGUUCCUGAAGGGCGUGGAGUCAGAGUUCAACGCGCUCACCAACACCUGCUCGUUUCGGCUCUUCUCUUCUGCUGAAGCAUGCGAAGGUGUUGCAUCCUCGGAGGAGGACCAGGAUGCUAGUUGUGGAGAAGUCGGUCUUCAGGAGUUCGAUCCGUGCGCUGAGGAGAAAGAGCUGAGGCUUCAUCUUCUGAAGAAGUAUGGUGGGUAUUUGAGCAGCCUUAGGCAAGAGCUGUCGAAGAAGAAGAAGAAAGGAAAGCUGCCAAAGGAUGCACGGCAGAAGCUACUCAAGUGGUGGGAACUGCACUACAAAUGGCCUUAUCCAUCGGAAAAGGAGAAGGCAGCACUGGCCGAAUUGACAGGCCUCGAUCAGAAGCAAAUCAACAAUUGGUUUAUAAACCAGCGGAAACGACAUUGGAGGCCAUCCGAGGACAUGCAACUCAUGGUGAUGGAUGGUUUUCAUCCACCGAAUGCGGAUGGCUUGUACAUGGAAGGGCAAUUCACGAGCGAUGGCCUUUACCGUGUCGGUCCAUGAUUGAUUGAAGAAAGCUUUUCCAUGCGAGGGGUCGAUGUUUCUCUAUGAUUAAUGUAUGAUUGGAUUAUCAUCAACAUACUCGAUGUUGCUAUUGUAAAUGGUGGUCGUUUCAAAGUGUAUCGAUACCACAUAUUGUUAUCAUGACAUGUUACAUGUUGGCUAUAGGAGCAACUCAGUUUUAA